AUGGCACAAGACCCCCGAGUCCUGCUCCAGAAAGCCGAUAAGGCGGCCUCUGGAGCGACGGGCGGCUUCAGCUUCUUCGGUGGACGCACGGAGAAGUGGGAGAACGCGGCGGAUCUGUACACACAGGCGGCGAAUGCGUUUCGGCUGCAGAAACAAAACAUCGAAGCCGGCCAGACUCUAGAAAAGGCGGCCAACAUCCAGACAAAUCACCUAUCCGAACCAGACGAUGCAGCAAACACGCUCACCGAAGCAUUCAAGGUCUAUCGCAAAGACUCCCCGCAAGACGCUGCACGCGUGCUAGCGACUGCCAUAUCACACUACACCUCAAAAGGCAACUUCCGACGCGCAGCGACUCACCAGCAGAACCUCGCCGAAGUAUACGAGAACGAAGUCGGCGACCAGAAGAAAGCGCUGGACGCGUACGAGACGGCCGCAGGGUGGUUCGAGAGCGACAACGCAGAAGCACUAGCCUCCAAACUAUAUCUGAAAGUAGGCGACCUCGCCGCACUAGAAGGCGACUACAGCAAAGCGACCGACCGGUUCGAGAGUGUGGCAAAGUCGAGCCUGCAAAACAACCUCAUGCGGUGGUCGGUGAAGGAGUACUUGCUGAAAGCGGGGAUCUGCCAUCUCGCAGCCGGAGAUCUGGUGGCCACGAAGAGGGCGUUGGAGCAGUAUAAAGAGUGGGAUCCGAGUUUUGUGCAGCAGAGGGAGUGUUUGCUGCUGGAGGAUCUGGUGGGCUGUGUGGAGGAGGGCGAUCAGGAUGGGUUCAGUGAGAAGUUGUACCAGUAUGAUCAGAUGAGUAAGUUGGAUAAGUGGAAGACGGGGCUGUUGUUGAAGGUUAAGGGGGGGAUUGAGAAGGAGGAGGAGGACUUUUCGUGA